AAUCUUGUUUGUAUCGUUUUCUCUUUCCGAUCUUCCCCUCCUUCUUCCUGUUUAUUGUACGGCCUCAAUUAGGACAGAAUUUGGCAACUGGAACAAAACGUGUACGCUGGAAAUUGUCUCUUGCCUUUUGAUUUGUCUUUUUUUGGGAUCUCUGUUUCUCAAACAAAACACUUGACGCAUUGUGGAAAAAUGCUUAUCUGCGUAAGAUGUGACAGUAUGACUCACCAGCAAACCCAAACAGAUCCAGCGACAAGGAGAUCAGAGAGUUUGAAAUCAUAUUAAAGCACACACCCAUUAAAGCAUUUCCUUUGCUGUGACUAUUAAAAUCUCUAAAAACACUUCUUUUUUCCAUUGUGAGGAGUUACACACUCAAAACUUAGACUCCUUUAAACAUAUCUCAUAACCAAGUGGCUUAGUGUUCCUCAAUUUUAGGUUAAAUUCGGAUCUGAUUUCAUUAAGGCCUCGAAUUUUAGGUUCUAUAUACAACCUUUCACUCGUUCAUUCGGGUCACUAGCAAGAUACAUCGUAAUCUAAUAGAGUCAAUAAUUGCAGAGCGAAACCGUAUAAGACCAAAUGUAACAAUUUAUUAUCAGUCAGGUAAAUGUAUUCAAACACAUCUUUAUAGAAAGCAUCAAGUUCUCAGAAUAAUCUAAUAGUAAAAUGUGCAUACCUGUCUUUAGGAAAUACGUAGUAUGAAGUGUAGAGAAACAUCUCCCUGACCCUUUUGCUGCAUCCCUUUAAAUACCAAACCAAGGUAAAACAUCCCCCCCAAACUAAGUUAAAUAGGAAGAACUGGACUUUGCAUUAACUCGAGUGUCAGACCUGAGUAGUUUACACCUCAAUGGGAACAGAAGGUAAUUUACAUGGAAUGACCCAGGGAGAGGGCACGCCUAUUGCAAUAAGUAAAAUAUAUACGAAAUCUUCAAAUAUUUGUUACCGGUAAGUGUAGAAACGAGACCAUUGUACCAGUCACGCAUUUCAAAUGAUACUAGACAUGACUGUUAGUUCACUCGGAUUGGCAUUUUCAUGUAGCAAACAGUAGAAGCUAAGAUGGGUGGAGGGGUUUUAGAAAGAGCCAAAUGGGAAGGUAGUUUUCUACUCCUCCACUCUGUGGGGUGUCUUGAAGAUGUCAAAGUAUCUGAGGUUCUUUUAUCCUUACAACGUCGAGUAUCAGUGAGAUAUUAUUAGUCUAAAAGCAGAAAGAUACAUGCACGACUAUUAGGCAAGUUGUAUUUUGUUAUUGUACAACUACAGUGCUCUUGGCCAAUCCAAAACGUUAAACCCUUGAACCUGGACAUUUUUGUAAAAGAUGUGGCUUUAAGAGCAUUUUUACGAAUAAACAUUUCUGAAAUUUCAAAAAGAAAACCUCAGCGACCGAUAAUACUUCAAAAUAAAGUUUCUGCCUUUCUGUCCAUUCGUGCCAAUCGCUAUCAAAACCAAUUACACCAAAAAUUGGUAAUUAUUACUGUAUUAUUAAACUGUAUUGUUGUGAAUUAACAUUUUGAGUAUUGCUUGGUAAUAGUUGGAAUUCCCCCUCAAACUAUUUUUUCAUAUUCUCAUGCAAUUUGACAUAACAUAAACUUUGUUGCCCCCUGGUGGUCUUUGAUGAAUUAUUUCGAACCAGAGGCAACUAAACAAACUUUAUAAUUCGACAGCACGCUUUACAGUAGACUUGUACAGUGUGCUGAAGACAUUAGUCAUAAAACUAAUGUGUUUCUGAUGCUCAUCAAUUAAGAGAACUUUUGAGUUCCUGAUUAGUCUUAAUAGUACAGACUAUCUGACGUCUGAAGUGAACGAGCUCCAUUACACUUUUAAAAGGUUUGAUCACUUUAAUGUAGUUGUAGGCUCUAAUAAAACGGAGAGAGGAAGUGGCGGUCUACCUCUCAUCGUCCACUUCAGUGCAAUACUGAGCAGAUGCUGGGGCUACUGUUUGCAUGCAAAUACAGUCUGUGCAUCAAGACAGGUCUUCAGAAGAUACAGCAGCUUCGUGUGCAAACACACCAACAGAGGAUGCAACACUCCUGCCACACAUGAAGCAGAAACUAUUCCUGCUGUUUCUCAAGUGCGGGGCGUUUCGAUCAGCUCAUGAGGAAUGAGAACCGGGAUUCAUGGCAUCCCUCGAGACUCCAAACGACCUGUUUUUCUGCACUAACCGUAAGAUUGACCACUGCCUGACCAGUGACCGCUGCUUUACCUACGAGAGUGUCUCAGGUGGGACCCUGAUCACCGGAGAUGGACGAUUUCACUCCAUCACUAAUGGUUUCUGCUCUUUUCAAAUGCUCCGAUCAGUGGCUAUAUUAAGGCUUUGAAUAAGGUCAGCAAUGAAUAGCUUUGUUCUCAGCACCAUAUCCCAGUGGCAAGAGGUAACCGCUGUUUUUUAUUGCACUUUGCUUUGUUGGACUGUUUUAACUUGUGUAGGAUUUAUAUGCAAAAGUCAAUGCAAAAGUAAUUGUGGUGGAAAUGCUUCUCUGCCUGACCUGAUUUUACAGCUGUGCUCCCUUUCUCAGAGCUGCAUGUGCCUUUGAGGAAGAGGGAAAAGCAAAGGACAGUUGGCUUGAAUUUCUGUAGUGUGCAUGAGUGCAAGCUCAAAUCUGGUGCAAAUGGCUGAAAACCCCGAAGACCCCCUAGUAUUGUUGGAGAUCCUGGAAGUGUUAGGUGCAUGCCGUGGGAGCGUGUCGUAUGCGGAUAUUUGCGUCUAUCUGAGUGGACGCUUCAGCCUGCAGCCUCUUCUAGAUUUACGGAGUCUCUUAUACUCCACCGCAUGUAGAGACCCCUGCUUCCCAGCCACCCUCUUCCGAGAGCGGCUUCACCCACCCUGCAGCAACCGGCUCUCGGCAGCAGCCGAUGUCGUCUCCCUGUUCAACCUCCUCAUGCAUACCCGCAUGGCUCCUUCAUACUCGCAGAACAUUCAGUCUCUGACUCCCUGUCAGGUCUGUGGGAAGGGAUUUGUGCGUUACGACUGGCCGGCCGCUUUACCCGUCACAGGAGGAGGCACCGCCUCUGAGGACUGUAAAUAUGAGAACCUCCCUUGUGAGGCGUUCAGUCAUAACACAGAGGCUUCACACGCUCAGACCACCUCCGCGUUGGUCGCUCAGCCUCACUCGGGCGUGCACAACCGGGACAGCAUGCAGAACGCUCAUUCUGGGGACAUUUCCAUUGACGUGGUCGAUCAGGAGGCUGGCAAGCUGUCGGCGGCCAAUCAGGGAUCCCGCGUAGCUCGGUCCUGCUCCCAGAAGAGGAGUGCCUUUAAAGAAGCUCACAAAAUUCCACUGAUAUCCGUGGAAGGCGUCGGUCAAUCAGAUCAAAGCCCAGAUGGACCAAGAUCAGAUGGAGAGGACCUGGUUUACGCUCACCAAAAUAAUCCUUAUCCCGACCCUGUAAUAUACGCAAACGACCCGGCAUCACAUGCGCAUCACCAUCAUUCGAACGCUCCUGAACCGGACACACACAUGAGCGACUCGCAAUCCUACGAUGACGCCUCGAACCCCUACGAUCCUCAGACUCAGUGGCGUCAGGCGAAGCACGAGAGUUUGGACGAGCUCCAAACCUCCACCUACUUCGGCCCUUCGGUCUCCAGCCAAAAGCACCAAACCCCUGCUCUACAAAUCAAAAGCCACAGCUUGGACAUCGACAGCAGGACGGCGGAUGAAAGACCGGAACCAGAAACGGCCGGGCUGCAGAAACCCAGAUCGGAGCGCUCCGUCUUAGAGAAGUCAGGAUUACGAAAGUCAGGAUCUGUUAAACUUAGCAUCGAAGGGUCAAGCUUCGACAUUCCUGGUUUCGAUCCUCGCAUUGUCAAUUCGGUGCGGGACACCUUCAAGCGGCUGAGCGGCAUGAGUUUGGACGCAUGGUACGACUGGUCACCGAGCAUCGAGGGCAUGAUUAGCGUAGGCACCCAAACAGAGCCUGCAGAUCGGCGCGCUUUACGAAGCCUCAUGCUCGCCGAUAGACUCUCCAUCGACAACCCUGACAUUGGCGAGGACGACAUCAGUGCCAUCUUCCGUUUCCUAGACGACAUUAGCAUGUGCGGCUCCAUGGCGGUGCUGCCAGGGGAAGGAGGCGGGGCCCAGGAAGGGGGUGGCGCCGGGCUGCCAGAGAGGCGUGAACGUUUGGGAAAGUUACGGAGGUUGUUUCACUCCUUGGAGGCACCUGAGGAGGGUGUGAGAUGGGGCGUUGGGCGACUGCUCCAACGGGUCACGGAGCUGGAGCAACAGCUCGAACCCAUUUCAGAGCUACGUGAGCAGCUGGCCCUCGUGCUCUCCACGCUGAACCGUCUGGAAGAGCGGGAGCAGGCCGCAUGCCCACACGUGUAUCCAAUGCACUUACAGCCCCAGCUCACACCCCGGCCUAGCCUGCAGCAACAGCAGGGGUCCCCGAGGACCAAUUUGGUGGCGGAGGGCAUCAACGAGGCAGCUGCGAAACGCAGACGGCUGUUUGUGCGCAGGACCUCCAGGAGCCAUACAGAAAGCAGCGGAUCAGAGGCCCCCAGAGAGUGGAGCAUCAGCUUCAGCAAGGAGCCGCACAUACAGUCUGUUAAGUCAGAUCAUUUAGGUGGAGUGCAUAAAAGAGAGGGCUCUGUAGUGCAGGAAGUGACGGGCUUUCACCUCAUGCCACCUGAGACCCACAAUGCACCACGCCGCACAUCUGUCCAUAGCACUUCCCAGCAUGUGACUGAACGCCCAAAAGUGACCUGGAGCCAAUCAGAUUUAACACCGCUGGAUUUUCAGGCCCCUGAGUCGUUGGAGUUCUGGACAGACGAGAUUUACACGCCGGCAUCUGACACGCUCCUGCGACGUUCACAUUCGUACACUCGCUGCAACAGGAACCAGGCGUACCGUAUCGCUGCCCUCAGCAUCACUGCCACCAUCAUCCUCAUCCUCAUCAUCGUCAUUCCUGUCAGCACUGUGUAACGUACAUGAGACUACACUGAAUGGUACAAUACGUGUUUAUUAGAUAAUAUUACCAAGAUUUUGAUGAAGCAUGAAUUUGUCACAAACCUAAUUCGAGAAGCAUGGCAGGCUGCCCCAACCUAUGCAAAAUAGACUGCAUUUCCUUAAACCUUCAGUGGGCCUUUCAGUGGAGUUUCCCUACAUUUAGUGUUGUUUGAUUUUAGGCUGGUUUUCAGUUAAACGCUUAUUCUGCAGUUUAUGGCUUGCAGACGUUCCGGUAUGCCCUCUUUGUUGACGGAUAUUGGGGAGUUCCCAUUAGUCUAAUGUAAUUCUGCUGAAACCUGAGACGGCAUCCACUUGCUUGCACAGCGGCACACGUUUCUCUCUUUCGCAUUUCACCUCUCUCUCCAUUUAAAUGCUAGGAAAAUCCAUUAUUAGUUGCAAAUUUACAUGCGACUGCCCUUUGAAUCUGCUAAACGUCCCCGCAUUUGGAGGAAACGCUGACGCGCGAGUGAUAUGAAUCUCUUGUUUCCGUUCGAUGCGCAUUCGUCAUUGCUGACCUGAAUUUGUGGGCGAGCUCGAUCACCACCGAAACAGUGCUACAAAACGUAAUGCCCUGCCUCGCGAAAGCUUAAAAGAAAAGAAAAACGAGCCUCCAGAGAUCCAGAAUGGAUGCACGAUGGUGGAUCGAUACCGGCACACAUUUUCAAUUUGCUGAACAACAGCACUAAACUUUUAAUGGGCUGUGAUGGGACUGAGUGAGUGCGGGAGGGGAGAGAAAACGUUUGUCCUCUUUUAUUGAGCCUGAAGCUUUCUGAGUCCUACUUCUGUCUGCUGCAGCUGAUUAAUGAGUGAUUUGCUCAGGUAAAAGGGUUUCCGAUUGGAACUGAUGGGAUUUUUACUUGCAGUUUGAUUUAUGAUCGCCGUUGUAAUUCAUCACUACAGAAUAAAUGAUACCUCAAUCAAUUACGUUAAUGAUCAGAUUUGCAAUCACAGGCCAGUAUAAGCGAUCACGUGCAACGAAAGCAAGUGUUGACAGCCGCUCAGAGCAACUUAGCAAAUGCAUAGUAAGCCUUGGCAAUGCUUUCAGCAGCUGAAUACUGUAAUGUGAAGACAAUUGAAUGAGAUGUCCUAUUUUAAGGAGGCAAUGUUGGAAAAGUUUUGACUUGAUUUUGAUUGACAUUUUCUUGUAGAAUAGCCUUUUCGUGAUCGUGUGUACACGUGCAUUUCUGGAUUGUGAUUCUUCCUUUUUCAGGGCACUUUCGACUGUGAAAAUAUACCUUUGUCUCUUCAUAAAGCUGGUUUUGGUUAUUCGAUGGGAUUGUGUCUCGUGUGUCGUUUUUUUCCUGCCGGUUAAGCAAGCCGGAAGUUGCAUAGGAAGCAGGUGGACGUAGUGAGAGCUUGCUUGCUGCUUUUCCCAAUGCAGUUUUAAUAUUUCAGAGCGCAUCUCUCAUAAAUGUGUAUUAUCUAUUUAUGAUCUGCCAGUUCCGUUAUUGACGCGAAAGCACUUAACCGCACUUACACACAUAGUCUCUGAAGCUCAAAUGAGGCUUCCUUCUAAUGUAGUUUAUCUAAAAUCUCAGCUGCUUUUAUAUCUCUGCAUACAUAUUGUGAAAGUGAUUUGGUUUCAUAUUUGUUAAUGCUGCAAAAUUCAUUAUAGAUAUUACACGCAAAUUGAUUCUAGUGAAACUUUGAAGAGUGAGCUAGAUAAUUAAAUUAGAAAAGCCAAAUUCAUAUGAAAGAUAUUAAUAUAAAGAGACUUAUUGAAUGAUGAUUGUUUGAUCACUUCUUUUGAUAAUUUGACUGUUGUCUUCCUUUUAUCCAGCAAUUUUUAUAUAUUCAGCCUAUUAUGUAUACAUUUUCAGUUUGUUUUAUUGAAGAUAUGCACCUCAAUGCAAUAUACCUCAGUGAACACCAGUCACCAGCCAGUCAACUGCCUACAUUGUAAUUAGUAAAUUAAUCUGAGGGCCAAUAAGUCAUAUUACUACAGGAUGCCAGUAUUUAAUAGUGAUUAAAUGUUACAUAGAAUACGUAUUUAAAACAGUUCUUUAUUUAAUUUUGUAUGUACAUUUAUUGCAUUUCAAAUUGAAUUACUACUAAUUAAAUAGAGCGGACC